GUCACCCAUUUGUGUAUGACUUUAAGCUGAGCCUGUUUUAUAAGUCUUCGUCUUCUCAUUACCUUCACCCGUUAAGUCUUCGCCUUCUCAUUACCUUCCCCCAUUACUUCAGCUUCGCAGUUUUACACAAAAAGCUGACCCUUUCUCUCAAGUCUUUGUGUUUUCAUCACCUUCAUCCAUUACUACGACUCAGAAGAUUUAUACGAACAGAGGGGAGAAGGUGCACUGUUUAGAAGUCUGAUUUGGCUUCUUCUUCUACUGCUUUCACGGGUUAGUUUGUUAUUGUGUUUAUUGUAUUUUGAUUUUAAUGCUUGUAUAAAUUUGUGGUUCAUGAGCUUAAUCUUUUAACUUAUGUUUUUCGAUAAGUUUAGUCUUACAAAAUGUACUCGUAAUGUUGAGCUGUUUGGCCUGAUAUGAGUAAUCUGCUUGAUUUAGUUAGGAGUCUAGUUUAAUGGUCAAGUAUAUCCUGUUUUCGUUUUUCAUGUUACUUUGUGAAUUAUAUUUUGGAUUUUAUGAGUUAUGUUUUUCUGAUGGGUUUGUGAAUUUCAAGGCUGAAAUUAUUUUCUGCUGUAAUCCAUGGCUAAUACACCGGCGGACACCAUUAGCCUGAAAGCCUUGGUGGACAAGGAGCGCAACCAAAUUAUGUUCAUAGAGUCAGAAAAUGCUUUUAUUGAUGUUGUCUUGAGCUUCUUGACAAUCCCCAUUGGAACAAUUAUCAGGCUGGCACCUAAGCAAUCAGUACCUUUAGAAAUAGGUUGUAUGAAAAAUUUGUAUGCAAGUGUUGAGAAUAUGGAUGUAAAGCAUUUCCGGUCUAAAGCAUGUAGAGAUAUGUUGUUAUGUCCCCUGAAUGGGGCCGAAGUUCAUUGCAAGAACCUCAAACUGAAGAUUGACCGUGGUGAGCCCACACGGUACUAUAUCUGCGGAAGUGAAUGUCCUGGGUUAAGUUAUAGCUACGGCGUUAGAUGUGAAGGUUGUGGACGAAAUAUCUAUUCUCAGAGAGAACUUUCAGCGAUUCAAGACGGAGACAUCUUUGUGAAAGGACUAGCCAGACUUAUAAUUAGUGAUGAUUUACAAUUGAUGCCUCCUUUAACUGUGAAAAGCCUUUCUGUAUUUUCAGAGCUUGGAGUCAUGAAUGGUAAUACGACUGAGGAGGUGACUUUCAAUGUUGGAUCUGAUGAGGUUUUGAAAUUGCUUGUGUGCUCAUUAGUAUCAAAGACACCGCUGACAGAAACUCUGCUAAAGAAUAAACCAAUACGGAAAUUGAGCAAUGAAAAUCAAGUAAUGGAUUUUGAACCUGAAAUUGCAGAAGGCACAACGAAUCCAAAUGGAAACAUUUCUGUCAAGCUUAUAGUGAGCAAAUCCAAGAAGAUGGUUUGUUAUGCAGAAGUAGGGGAGGAUUUUGUGAGUUUACUACUCAGUUUCCUAACUAUUCCACUGGGUUUCAUUGUAAGCAAAAUGCGUGAUUGCUCAUUAAGAGGAUGCAUUAGUCAGUUGUUCAAGAGUGUCCAAGAUCUUGACAAUCGCUACAUAUCGAACAACCACAAAGAAACACUACUCAGUCCCAAGCUUGCCCCCGGUUGUUGCUAUGACAACCAUCUCUUGGGAACUGAGGAGGCCACAUUUUAUUACUCAAGUACAUAUGACAGGCUGUCUAGUGACAAAACUCUUCUCAUUUCUCGUAUUUUAGCUGAUUAUGUGACAACUACCAGUUUAGCAGAAAGUUCUAUCAAGUCAAUGAAAGUCAAGGAUCCCAAAUCCUACCAAGAUCUAGAUAAAGGAUAUUUAGGACCGGCGAUGUUCACAGUAACUGACGAUUUGAUCAUAGGACCUAUAUCUCUAAUCUUUGGCCUGUCUCUCCUGAAUGAAUUGAAGGUGCCUUCGACUGAUAUUGAAGAGAAAACCGUGCAUGUGGGAAAAGAGGAGGCUUUGCGUCUUCUAGUGGCUUCUUUUGUUUGUGACUCUGCGCUAACCAACGUCUUCAUUAGGGAGCCAAAGCAGAACAAAGGACCAAAGCAAGAACAAAGUUGAAAGCCUGAUUAUAAAUAUGCUACAGACUUGAACUCUUAUGUGUAUUUUUGAGUGAGAAUACUUGUUCGCACUCUCGUUUGUACGUAUUUGCUAUAUGAUCUGCAUAGCGUGUUGCCGGAUUACUAAUAUAAAUUCUGGGGUUGAGAAUUUGUUUGAA